AUGCAAAACCUGCCCUUGCCUAUUGAAUUGAGACAAGAGAUAUACAAAUAUCUCUUUCAGCCAGCAGCCACAAUCACAAUGGAAGAGGACUGGCCAUGCUUCGAAGCUGCCCCUAUUGAGACCGCCCUCUUUAGAGUGAACAGCACAAUUUCCGCAGAAGCCCAGGCAUUCUUCAAGAAGCGUGGCUUCAUGGUAGUCACGCUUACCGAUUCUUGGACCUCAGUCGCCCUUCGACACGUCAUUCCAUCAAAGCCAAUCCACAAGGACGAAUUGAACAAGAUUCCCACGCCUCUGAAGAUAUCAAUCAUUGGCAAACUCAGCGGCCGUAAGUCAAACCGUCACCGCAAGACUACCCACCUAAUCAUCGACCUCCAAUACCUCAAUCGUAUGGUCGAUUUCUUGAAUUCCUACCAAGCGAACAUUGGAGCUUUUGAUACUACACUAUUGCGUCCGACUUCAGUAUCGAUUCAGAGAAUCCACCUGACUCUGAAUGAUUCAUUCGACAAACUUGGCUUGGAUUCCAAAAUCUACGAGAACUGCGUCCAACAAUUAAAAGAUUUCCGACUUGGACCGGAUUCCUCCGACGCAGACCUAAGCGGACAACCAGUAGCGAAAAUUCUCACUCUUCUACCUCUUCCCUACAACCCAAAACAAAAGGACCUUUGGCAAGAACUCAUGACUUCAAUCUGCCGCCUUUCGUAUAGCGGCCAAGCUUCAAUACCAUACGCACGACAACUACAAGACAAGGCACAAGCAUUCUGGGACAAAGGAGACCUCUGGAGCGCCCGCGCUUAUUCAGACAUGGCAAUUACGUGUUUCUCAGAUCGCUAUAGCAGACUCAACCCCACCAACAAUCAACAAUUCGGAGAAACUCUAAUUGACUUAUUAUUCCAAGCCACUGAGCUAGCGUUGGCAAUGAGGCAAGAUGCCUACCUCUACGCCGAGAAAGCACAUUUCUAUGUCCGCAAAACCGACGGCGCAUCGCUCUCUCCCGAGCAAACCUUCAUCCACUACGGUGCCCUUCGGAGAGUCUACCUCGAUACCUUGGAGCAGAAGUAUUUUCAGAAGAUUUUGCAGGCACUCGAGGCGGCGUACAUACUCUUCACGGAGAAGAAGGACGAGGAGCGUCAGGGCAGGAUUCUAGAGGAGUUUGAUGUUCGCUUGGUGGUAUGGAAGAUGGAUCCUAAGAAUUAUAGAUUCUACGUUGGGGUGGAAAAUAAAUUGUGGGAAAGGCUUGCUCCUACGUUGACCAGCGCGUUGGAGGCUCUUAAAAUUGCGGAGGCAGAAAACGAUAAAAAGGAACUUGCGGAAUUUGAAGCGGCGUUGGAAAAUGAGACGGAGAUGGAUGACGAGUAA